AACAAAGGGUGGUUAUGUGCAAAAGAAAGUUUAAACAGUUUUGAUUUGUUUAUUUAUCCAGAUCAAAUGUUGACAUGUGUGUUGGCUGUAUACUCAAUUAACAAUUAGAAGAUAAAAACAUUUUUCAUACGUAUAUUUGUUGAGAUAUUUUAUUUGUAUCUGAAAUUGUUAAAAUGAAUACAAAUUUAAUGGAUAAAACUUUAUUCACUGAAAACACAACUUAAUUUUUACGUUUGGAUUAAUGAGAUUAUGGCGCAAUCAAAUAGAUUUCCAAUGCCGGGAAAUAUAUCUACAACGAAACCCUUUAAGAGCCGACCUACCACAACCACACAAGAUGUAGAUCUAGAUUUAUCUGACGAUUCUGAUUCUGACGAGAAAAAACCAAUAGAAGAUGACCAAGAGACAUUACUGGAUCUCUCGGUUAAAUACCCAGAUUAUGACAAUACGGGUUCAAAAACGUAUGAAAAAGCAUGUCGAAAAUUCGAUGUUGUUCCAUCAUCAAAAAUAACCAGAAAAAUGGACAGUGAUAAGGACACAACACUUGAUCUAAAACACUAUGGUCUGGAUAGUAAGGGGACGAUGGCGGUUGCCAUGGCAAUGGUGGUAAACACGACCUUAACUAAAUUGAACUUAAAAGGCAAUAAUAUAGGUGAAUCUGGGAUGCUUUAUCUACAAGUUAUGAUGUCAGAAAACUGUACCAUUACAUCAUUGGAUAUUUCAGAGAAUAAUUUGAAAUCGUUUGGUGCUAAAUCUAUUGGUAUGAUGUUACACGACAACAAGUUUCUCAGAGAACUAAACAUAGGAGGAAAUGGCUUUACAGACCUCGAUGCACCUUUCCUUACAAAAAAGAUUGAGGAACACAUGGCCCUGCAUUAUUUAAACCUGAGCCACAAUUUGUUUGGAGAUUUAUCAGGGAACUCAUUUGAACACAUGAUAGCUGAAAAUGCGUCAUUGGAGGAAUUAGAUUUGAGCUGGAACCAGUUCAGAAUUAUUGGUGCUAAAAAGAUAGCUAAUGGAUUGAAGGAAAAUGACCACUUAAAGAUAGUAAACGCCUCUUGGAACGGUUACGAUGACGAUGGAGGAGCUGCAUUCGGUGAUGUUCUUGCCAAUAAUAAAUACUUAAUAGAAUUAGACAUAUCAUGUUGUAGAAUAGGUCCGGAAGGAUUUGGAAAAGUUAUGAAAGGUCUUAAAAGUAACGACGCCUUAGAGGUUUUAAAGAUUGGUAAGAACAAUAUUCCUGAUAGCGCAGUAGAAACAGCUGUUGAUCUCCUGUUGACUCUAGAUCCUUCCAGCUUUAAACUAGAAUGUUUAGAUUUAUCGGAUGUAAUGCUAACAGGAAAAUCUCAAGAAAGGCUAGCCGAGCUUAAAGAACCUUUUCCAGAGUUGGACAUAAUACAUGGAUAUACCGAUUCCUAUGGAAAGAGAAGAAUGGUUGGAUUCGGUGACAUGGGACAAGAAGCUUUGUUAUGUUUGAAGGAAUACUUAGAGGAAUGUAAUAUGACAGUAACUGAGCUGUUCAGUAGAUUUGAUGAAGACGGCAGUAAUAGUGUAGAUUAUGAUGAGUUUAGACAAGGAAUCAAGGAUGAAGGAAUACCAUUAUCAUCAGAACAAGUAGACCACUUAAUUAAAUACAUAGAUAUUGAUGGUGACGGUGAUAUAGACUUCAGCGAACUGGUACUUAAAAUUAAAGAGAUAACAAAGAAACGUGCAGAGGAGAUGGCACAGAGAGAUGCUGAAUCAGCGAAACGGCGGCGAUAAAUCCUUACGAUUUAAUGUAUGCAUUACUCAAAAGAUCCGUAACCAGAAUUUUUGUCAAGGAACGGGUUGCGUCAUAUAUUUCAUCAUCAUUUGCAACAAUUCGUCUAUCAAUUAAUGUGAACGGAUAUCUCAAACCAACUUUUAAACAAAAGUGAUAUCUGACGAACCCUGUUAUCCCUUUCGUAACGGAAAUUAUAAUUUAGGUUAAUAUAAUUUAUCGUUUAAAAUUAGAUAUAAUCAUAAAAUACUGAUUCUGAAAAAAAGAAUAUAUUCCGAUUUCAACAAUUUGUAUAUGGAUGUUUCCUGUUCGUUGGAAGAUACUCAUACGAACACAUGUCCUACAGAUAUGCCUUACAAUUCGCCGUUUCAGAAUCUAAUGCACCCUGUGUAAUAUUUUGAAAAGUGAACACCAAAACGUCCUGAUUGGUUAAAAAUUUCAAAAAAAUUGAAAUUCAACCAAUGACGUGACGUUAUUUUCAUUUUGGGGUACGAACAAUGAAAUUACCCAUGAUGCUUUAGAUUCUGAAACGGCCAAUUCACUCAUAGGUACUGGUAGCAACGAAUAUUUAAAUUUAGGCAUACUGAAACAUUAUAUUGUAUGUCGCUGGAAAAAAAACCAAAUGUUCUAUGCAAUAUGUAAAUAUGAUUUGUAAAUGGUUUUAUAUUUUCUAAUCGUCGUUUGUAAAUAUAUAGAACAAUAUGAAUGAGAA